AUGGUGGCAAGCCACGCCUUUGCAGUCAUUCUUUGGCUGAUGAAUGUGAUGGCUGGUGGGGCAUCAGACAUUAGAUUCAACGCGACUGACGACGAUGAUGAAUUGAAUCAUCGUCGUGAUCCCGAUCUUCCUCAGUGGGAUGCUUCUGAACUGAAUGAUCUAUGCGAUGGGGCUGGGUAUGCUAUCUACGAUCAUGGUGUCUAUACCAAUGGUACUGCUUCUUGUGACGAACCAGAGAGCUACUGCUGUUAUGCUGAGCCUGAGACGAACUUGAUAUAUUCCGACAAUGAUGAUGGUGAUGAUAACAACAAUAACAAUAGCACAAACAGCAACAUGACGACAAUCCAGAGCAAUCCCUGUGAUGGAUUCACUGGCAUAAUAUGUCACGGAACCGCGGAAAAUAAUAUCAAUUGCAAAGGUCAAGAUGCCUGCACGAAUUCUACGAUAGGAUUAGUCAAAGCUGGCAGUUGCCAAGGGAAGGAAGCCUGCAAAGAUGCCAACAUUACUACAUCCGUAUCCACCAACAGCUGCAUCGGCGAAAAGGCGUGUUCCGAAGCCAGUAUUGGGGUUGUGGAAAGUUCUAGUUGCAAAGGUGCCACAGCCUGUCAUCGAUCCAGAAUUGGAACCGUGACAGACAAUUCUUGCUUGGCCGCCCGGGAAGCUUGCUUCGAAGGAACGAUUGACUACGUCAGUCAAAGCAGCUGCCAACAAUUCAAGAGCUGCAGUGCGUCCUUCCUGGGGACAAUCUUGGGCUCGAGCUGUCGAGGAGAUUAUGCCUGCGGUGCCCAAUAUCUGGACCCCAUAACAACCGUCUUGGAUUAUGUCGACGAAUCCUCCUGUGUUGGGGCACACGCAUGUCACCGAGCUACGAUUAAAGAAGCGGUUGGAGGAAGCUGUAUUGGGGACUAUCCGUGUGCGUCGUAUUACGGAUUGAGCACUCAUAUUGAGUCCGUCAGGAACCGAAGUUGUAUAGGAUAUUACACUUGCAUGGACGCCACUAUGGAAAUUGUCGAGGAUCAAUCUUGUGUCGGGAGGGAUGCAUGUCGACAGAGCAUGAUUGGAAAUCUAACGAACCAGUCUUGCUUUGGAGAUCGAAGCUGCCAACGGGCAAUUAUUACUUCUGCAAGUCAAUCCUGCUUUGGCAAUUCUACCUGCCAGAAUUUUUUCGUCAAUGGGACCUUGUCCAAUAGUUGCCAAGAUCCUUGGAUGUGCGCAUCCCAAGGCCAGACAGGUGACUUUGAAGAUGUUUGCAGAGGCUCUUUGGAAAUACCAUUUGGGCCACCGUGCAGUAGGAGUGCAAGCAGCGUGCGAUAUGGAAGGGCCUUUGUAAUGAUUAUUGGAGUGUUUUCCUUGAAGCUCUUGUUUGGCUGA